AUGUCGGGCGUCGAACUGAACCAACGGCGAAAGACGGAGAAGGCGUUAAAGGAUGCUAAGAAGAUCCUGACACGUGGCCCCAACAUGAGCGUGACCGCCUGGUUUCUGGUCAGCAGCUCGGGUACGCGCCACCGGCUGCCCCGGGAGAUGAUCUUCGUGGGCCGGGAUGACUGUGAGCUGAUGCUGCAGUCUCGCAGUGUGGACAAACAGCACGCUGUUAUCAACUAUGACCAAAAGAAAGACGAGCACAUGGUGAAGGACCUGGGCAGCUUGAACGGGACAUUUGUGAAUGACCUCAGGAUCCCGGAACAGACAUACAUCACCCUCAAGCUGUCGGACAGGAGUCAACACAAGGUCCCAGAGGAAGCGCUGAAACAUGAGAAGUACACCAGCCAGUUGCAGCUCAGUAUAAAAUCCCUGGAAGCCAAGGCGAAGGAAAAGCAGCAGCUUCAGAACUCAGAGAAGAGCAGUGACUGUGUUUCCAGUAUCAAGCUGCAGGACAAGUCUGAGCGAAGGGCCCAGUCUCUCACAGCGUCCACAGAUUCUCCCAUAUCCAAGCCGACUCCUUUGUACGGCCAACCGUCCUGGUGGGGUGAGGAUGAGGAUGCAGCCAACAAAAAGCAUAACAGAGGGGGGAAAAUGCCAGGACGUGAGUCUCCAGAACCUGCUAAAGAUGGGUCCAGAUAUGAGGUCAAUGGAUCUCUGUCAGAUAGUCAGACCAAGGCCAUGUUUUCCUACCGCCGGGAGCCCAGCUACUUUGAGAUCCCAACUAAGGAGUUCCAGCAGCAAACUGCCAAAAAGCAGGAGUCCCAGAUUCAUGAGGUUCCCACAAAAGACACCUCAGAUCCCUCUCCAUGUGUCCCUUCCACCCCGACUCCCCCCGUAGUCCAAAGCCACGCCUCCUUCACUAUUGAAUUUGAUGAAUGCACGCCAGGCAAACUGAAGAUCAAAGACCAUGUGACUAAGUUUGCUUUCCGCCAGCAGCGAAAGCAACCGUCCACAGAGGUUGCUACCACACCCACAGAGGUGAUGUCAGCAGAAAGCAAAGUUGCUGAUUGGCUAGUCCAGAGCAAUGCUAGCAUGAUGAGGAGGAAGUCACAGUGUGAAGACACGUACACCGCAGACAGCGACCCAUCGCUACCGAGGAACGCCAAAGCAAACCACAGUGAGGAUGGUUCUCGCAGUGAAUCAGGGCAUCCUACACUCAACGGACAAGAUUUCCCUCAAUCAGAGCCUCAGAUUGGGUCCCAUGGUUCUCCACAAAAUUUGAGAGCUUCCCCACCACAACGCUAUGUCUCCCCAGAUUCCAAAGAACGUUUGUCCCACUCUCCACCAGAGUCCCAGUCGCUUUCCAGUCAAAGCAAGGCUGAGCCUCACCAAGCCUUUGUUAUUGAAUUCUUUGAGGAAAACCAAAGAAAAAAGCGCUCGCAGUCCUUCACCAGUAGCGCUGCUCCACCUGAGCCCUCAAGCCCCCAGCUCCUUCAGGAUAAAGCAAGGAAGAGCUCAAGCCCUACUGGGGAAGGACGCGUCCCACCCACAUCCUCUUCCACGCCCCCAACACAGCGGUACACCAUCCCACUGAAGGGGCCUGCUCCCUCGGGGUUUCAACGAGCCGGUUCUCUCAGAAAGGAAAAGACAGAAGAGCGGAUGAGCACCAGCUUUUCCUCUCGCUCUUCAUCCUCUGUGUCUGCAAGACCUUAUAGCAGUGUAGGCCGGAGGUCCAGACUCGCGCAGGACUUUACGGCUGAGAUGCUCAAACAGAAGCAAAACUCUGCCUCCAGCUGUGAGAGAAAUCCUCCUGGUUCUCCAAAAGCCAUACAGAGAGGGUCAGGAGUCGAUCAGAGAAUCACAAGCCCUCCUCCAUCUGCGGUCCAGCCUCAGACUUCCUCUCCUAUCGACCAACCCGUUCCUUUCAAAGCCCCCACCAUGCCCCCCGCACCUCAGAAUGUGUUUGGCGUUGUUGAGAGCACAGAGCCAGUGAACCAGAGUGACGCUCAAACCUCAUCAGCAUUUAGGCCUGUUAUUGGUCAGGGCAGUGAGGAGCAUAGGCAGAGUAGCAGUGCAGAGGCUGAGCCGGCAGGUGCAGUGUUACAGGGAGCUCCUAAGUGGAUGUCUCGCUGGGCCAGCUUGGCAGACAGUUACGCAGAAUCUGGCUAUUCGUCUAGAGCCAUUGACAUCCCUCCCCAGAUGGAACUGUCACCAAGGGCACAAGGGGCCGUCACCCAUCAGGCCACACCGAAUCGACACAGCAGCUCAGUCGAGGGCUCAAAGACUCGUCACAUCCUACCACAGGAGGACAGGAGCGACGUUCCAACUCCCAUUAUUCACGUUCAUUAUAACCCCAACUCCACAUUCAAUGUCGAAGACAUUAGCUCCGUGGCCCCCAGGAGUCAGGACGCCAUUCACAGGCUGACGGUGCAGGACGACGUGGAGCCCGACAGCCUGAGCGAUGCCAGCAGGUCAGACGAAGGCUCCAUCGUAGAGCAGAGCGCUAGACAGCUGUCAGAUACAGAAGAGAAGCAAAAUAAAGACAAGCCCAGACUCCCUGACAAAUCAACAUCUUUCUACAUCGGGUCCGAGGAAGAGUCCAGACCACAACGCGGAGGCCUAAAACCCAGCACCCCCAAAGCUGAGAGAAAACAUAUGACCAGAACGUUCUCUACAGCCACUCUUACUAAACAAAAACGCAGUCAGGAGCCGGGAAAAGUCAAACCCUCUGCAUCAGCGCCCAGACUGAACCAAGACACACAGGGCCCGGAGGGUAAAGAAUCCACAUCGUUCCCAUUAAUCAGACAGGAGAGCUUUACGAAGGAGAAGCCGAGCAAUGCCAGACUGCCCGACAUCUCAAGCAUGAAUAUUCAAAGAGACUCAGUCUCUGGAUUGCUCCAGGGGACCAACAGCCAGGACACUCACUCAUACCUCAAACAAACAGAGGAUGUUCUGGCUGUUCUAGAGGCCAAACUCUACGCAGGGCAGUCAGGGACCACUCCGUCUCCUGUUAAUGACUCGCUCUCUGGAGACUCUGACGUGGAUACCUCCAGCACAGUCAGCCAUCACAGCAACAGGACCAAACCAAAUGUACUAGUGAAAAAAACAUCUUCAGGUGGCCUCCAUAGGGAGAGGUCCUCCGCCAGCAUAGCUCAGGAUUCAAAUCACCAGUCCUCGUCUGAGAAGCACCGGCCUUAUGGAUCAAACGCCACCACUAAAGCAGAUCCUGUCAGGAGGCCGGUGGCAUUGAGGCGUAGUGCUGGGAAGCGUGGCUCCACAGAUCUCAGCGAUGACCCUCAGAGUCUGCCCUACUCCGAUCAGGAGUCGAGCAACGCCCAAACACGCAGAAAAUACCACACGCCGCUUCGUAAGGAGGACGGCAAAACCUCCAGAGUCUCUCAGGUUUUGAGUCGCGCCAACAGUUUGUCGGCCCCCAGACCCACCAGGGCCUCCAUGCUCCGCCGGGCGCGCCUGGCCGAGUCCUCGGACAACGAGGGCACAGAGACAGAAAGGCCGUCCCAGGAGACGGUCAACACGCACGUCAAGCCGCCCCAAGAGGCAAAGAAACUGUCCAGACUGGACAUGCUGGCCAUGCCACGCAAGCGGUCAGGCUCAUUCACCACGCCCAGCGACACCGAGGCUGCUGCCCCCCCGCAGUGGACGGGCAGGAGCGCCGGGUUCUCCAACCGCAGCACCGAGUCCAGCGGCAGCUCCAUCCAGAGGGCCUCCACUCCAGGGGCCAAGCCAGCCGAGAGGCCCCAGAAGGCGGCCCUGGGCCGGGCGCCACUCACCCGAGGACGCUCCAGCAGCGCCAAAUACGCCAGCAGCACAGCAAACGAGGAGUAUGACUCAAACCGGAGCAAUCUCAAACACAAACGCUCCCAACCUUCCUCAGCCUCUCACAGCCCUCGCAGUCAGACUCGACCCCAGCCGAUAGUUGCUCGACAUCCAAAGUCCCACAGCAGAGAUUCUGAAGAGGACAACAACGAGGGAGGGGCCUUCCACCAAUGGUCCUCCCACAGCGUCGAGAUAGCACGGUUAAGUCAAGACCUUGCCAAAGACUUGGCUAUCCUAGCCAGAGAGAUCCAUGAUGUAGCCGGUGACGGGGAGCCGCAGACGCCUGGAGCUGAGCUCGAUACGGCGGUUUCCACUCGCCAACAGCCUAUUUCAGAGGCUGGAUCAAACCACAGGAUCCAAACGAGCUGUGAACCAAAAAGGGAGGCGGAGCAGAGCUGCGGUGACCAUGAGCAGAGCUCCAAACAUCAGGCUGAGAGCGGAGACAAGGAUGUCGUCAUGGACUGUUUGAUGCUGAACCCUCUGUAUCAGGUCAUAUUGGCCAUCAGAGAAAACACAGAGCAACUCGCAGACAAAAUUAAGGUGCUGUUUCAGGACAGGAUGGACGUCUGGGAGGAAAUCGAGGCCAACAUUAAUGCAGCUGGGGAUAAUUCUGUGGAAAGCUCCUCCAACAAGGAAAUUUUGACUAUCUUGAAAGAACUUCGGAGCGUUCAGAGACGACUCGAGGUCAUAAACACAGUCAUGGAGCCCACCGACACACCAGAGAGCACCAAGGCCUCCGCCUCCUCUUCCUCCUCUGGAGUCCGGUCCUCCAGAUCUUCUUCAUCCCGAGACUGGAGGACCAUCCAUUCGAUGUCCAAGCGGGGGGGCGGGCCGAGGCCCAGUGAGAGCGUGAGGCGCGCGGCUGUGACACCAGAAGAUCUCAGACAGGGUUAUUUAGUCUGAUAAACACCAGGGCUGAACCUCUGCCACAAACCCAGGUGUCACAAAUGUGUGUGCAAGUGAAACCAGAAUGAGGGGAAGUGAAACUAGUUUCAGUGAGCUUCGACACACACACACACACACACAC